CGUAUAAUUAACACUUACACAUUUGACGAGAUCGAUUAAAAACCUGGUCUCAUCUACGUCUUCCCAAUAGAAUUUCGACAUUCUUUGUCUAAUCACCCGAGUUUAAAGACACUUGGAAAGGAACACUAAACUCUUCAACUAUGGAUCCCGAAGAAGAGAGAAAACACAUGAUGCUGAAGGCUUUCCAGACGUUCGAUUCGGACAAGAAAGGCUACAUCGAAUCCAGUAAAGUGAGCACAAUUCUGCAGAUGAUGAAUUUGAAUUUCGACAAGGAAGAGCUGGCCAGGUCCCUCAUCGAACACGAUCCGAAAAAUUCAGGCAAGAUCAAUUUCGACGGAUUCGCUGCAAUUGCUUCCGACAUUCUGGAUGAAGAGGAUGAUGAAGCCAUGCAAAAGGAACUGAGGGACGCUUUCCGAUUGUACGAUAAAGAAGGAAACGGCUACAUCACAACUCAAACGCUAAAAGACAUUCUUGCUCAAAUUGACGACAAACUGACGAGUGACGAUUUGGAUGGAAUGAUUGAAGAAAUCGACAUUGACGGAACGGGCAGAAUUGACGUUGAAGGUUUCGUGAACAUGAUGUGCAGCUAGCGUGUCAUCACGCCGUCAUCUAGAAUAAACCAGCAGUUGAAGCUAUGUUUACUAUCUGGUGCUGCUGAGCGUGGAAAUGUUUGAUGUGUAAUCGUGGGAGGCGGUCAAACAAAUCAAGAUGCUUAAAAUCAUUCAUUCACCUACCAACUAACAUUAUCAUAUUCUCUGCUGCAUCUAUCACAAAGACCGUUGUCAACAAAUAAUGGGGAAAAUUUCAAAUCAUUUCAGAUUCUUAUCAAUUGUACAACAAUCGGAGAAUGUGCUGCUGUGUAGUUGGCAAUGUUAAAAAUAAUUUCACGUUCCGCAUCAUUGAUUUGUCGUUUGGUUAUAUGGAUCGAUUUAGGCUAUCAAUCGAGUGUAUAACGCCAAGUGUGCCAACAUGGGUAGAUUCAAACAAAAAACAAUUAUAAAAUACACGCUGCUGAUGUGCAGCACGCUUGUGCAAUAA